CAAUGUACUGUUUAUUAACAAAGCUUUAAUUUGAAAUCUGCAACCGGAUGCAGUUGAUUUAUUGAGACCGGCUUGACGCGUUAACGUCAACACAUGCUCGCAGACACAAACACAUACACCUUCGCUGCCUCAUCAGUGUGCCGGCUCGACCUGCAGACAGGGGAUCUGUCUCACGCACCGGACUGUCUGCGGUGCACUUGUUACCACGACAGAGGUGAUUGGAACUUGACCUGGAUUUCUGGCUGCGUGAGGAAUAGCCUUUAUACUACUGGAGGUUUUCAAAAAAACCAAGGGCUGCCGGAUCCCUUCUGUGCCAACACAGAGAGGAGAUUUAGGGUUUGUGCUGCACUGGCGGGAAUCCAACUCCUCCAGCAGCACUGCUCGGAAGUAGCAGCGGAACACCAAGAAAAAGAAAACAGAAAAGGCCUCUGUUUACAGAGACUCUACCUCGCUACCUCAAUUAUCCCUACCUCUGCUCCUUUUCUGUCCUGGCUACUCAUUUGCCUGUCCCGAGGGGAACUUUUAUCUCGUCAACAUCACCCAUCAGCCCAUCUCGCCUAUUUAUUCAUCUCAAAAUGAACUCCUCAAACUCCAUUACAUCCCUGUUCUCCUUCACCAGCCCGGCUGUGAAGCGCCUGCUCGGCUGGAAGCAAGGCGACGAGGAGGAGAAGUGGGCGGAAAAGGCCGUGGACUCUCUGGUGAAGAAACUCAAGAAGAAGAAAGGGGCAAUGGAGGAGUUGGAGAGGGCACUCAGCUGCCCCGGGCAGCCCAGCAAGUGUGUGACGAUUCCCCGGUCGCUGGACGGCAGGUUGCAGGUGUCCCACAGGAAGGGUCUGCCCCAUGUCAUCUACUGCCGGGUGUGGCGCUGGCCCGACCUGCAGUCCCACCACGAGCUGAAAGCCCUGGACUGCUGCGAGUUCCCGUUCGGCUCCAAGCAGAAGGACAUCUGCGUCAACCCCUACCACUACAGGCGCGUGGAGACUCCUGUGUUGCCGCCAGUUCUGGUCCCACGCCACAGCGAGUUCAACCCGCAACACAGUUUACUGGCGAAGUUCAGGAACGCCUCUCUGCACAGCGAGCCUCUGAUGCCCCAGAACGCCACUUACCCGGACUCCUUCCCUCCGCUGCCCUGCUCCGCCUUCUCCUCCACCUCUUCCUCCCUCGGCCAGUCUCCCGCCUCACAGAGUUACCCCAACUCCCCCAACAGCUCCGCAGAGCCUGGCAGCCCGUAUCACAUCGCAGCAGAGACUCCCCCGCCUCCGUACAGCAUGAUGGAGACAAGUCCUCCAGAGGAUGUGAAGCCCAGCAACUCCACAGGAACCACUAAACUUACUUUUUCUGCUCCACACACAGAUUUACGGCCUGUUUGCUACGAGGAACCGGAGUACUGGUGUUCCAUAGCUUACUACGAGCUCAACAACCGAGUGGGGGAGACUUUCCACGCGUCGUCCCGCAGCGUCUUGGUGGACGGCUUCACGGACCCGUCCAACAACAAGAACCGCUUCUGCCUCGGCCUGCUGUCCAACGUCAACCGCAAUUCCACCAUUGAACACACACGGAGGCACAUAGGCAAAGGCUUACACCUGUACUACGUGGGCGGCGAGGUGUACGCCGAGUGUCUGAGCGACAGCAGCAUCUUCGUCCAGAGCCGCAACUGCAAUUUCCAGCACGGCUUCCACGCCACCACCGUGUGCAAGAUCCCCAGCGGCUGCAGCCUCAAGAUCUUUAACAACCAGCUGUUUGCGCAGCUCCUCGCCCAGUCCGUCAACCACGGCUUCGAGGUCGUCUACGAGCUCACGAAGAUGUGCACCAUUCGAAUGAGCUUUGUCAAGGGCUGGGGUGCUGAAUACCACCGUCAAGAUGUGACCAGCACCCCCUGCUGGAUCGAGGUGCACCUGCACGGGCCCCUGCAGUGGCUGGACAAGGUGCUCACACAGAUGGGCUCCCCGCACAAUCCCAUCUCCUCGGUGUCAUAACACACAAUCACACUUUUCAGUGUGGGCUCUUCGCACAGGUAGUCGUAGAUUCUGUACGCUCCUCUCUGUCCCGUGCUCCCUCUCUAGACACCUUGCUCCAAAUUUGAAAAAAAAAAACCAAAACUAAUGUUACCGGCUUUGUCGAACCGUGCAGCAGAACUGAAAGAUGCGUAGAAUUGAAAUUUAUUCAGCUAAUUUAAAAUGUAGUUAAAAUGAUCAAGUGCUCUUUAUUUUCAGUAUGAUGAUGCAUUUAUCUUCUGUUUUCAUCGGGACAUGUCAACUGCACUCCAAGACGAGAGAAAUUGGGAUUUGUAGGUACAAGACUGUAGUAUGUAUUGUGUUGUAUUGUAAGUGUUGACAAAAUGUUUGACGUUGUGUACUGGUUGUUUUUUCUUCAUUCCAUUAAAGUGUUUUGUGUUUUUUUUCUUUAA